CUGUGUUUGUUUCCGGUGUUUCAAUAAAGCUCGAUUCGGCUCGAAGAAGACCUGUUCUUCCGGGAAAAUGGCGACUCCCGCUCGUGCCCCGGAGUCCCCGCCGGUCGCGGAUCCGGCGCUAGUCGCGGGGGCUGCUGAGGAAUCCGAGUGCCCGCCGCCUCGCCAGCCUCAGCCCCCGCAGAAUGUCCUCGCUGGCCCGCGGCUUCGAGCCCCAAGCUCCCGAGGACUUGGGGCGGCGGAGUUUGGCGGAGCUGCAGGAGAUGUUGAAGCGCCAGGAGAGACUUUUGCGCAACGAAAAAUUCAUUUGCAAAUUGCCCGACAGAGGUAAAAAGAUCUUAGACUCUUUUGCCAAACUGAAAGCUGCCAUUGCGGAACGUGAAGAAGUUAGAGGAAAAACUGAACUGUUUCAUCCUGUUAGUUUAGACUGUAAGCUAAGGCAAAAAGCAAUUGCAGUUGUUGAUGUGGACACAGAUAAGGCCCAGGAUUCUGACCAGAUACUUGAUACUUCGUCUCCAGUUUGUGGCUGUUCCUCUGUAAGUAACUUCAAGUCGUCUGAAACAACCUCACAUCAGCAUCCUACUCACAAAGGCGAUGAAGAGGCUCCAGAGGUUGAGGACAGAGUGAGCAAGUGCCCAGUUCCCAGUAGCAGAGCCAGUGUGCCUUCCUCUUCUGAAGCUGGUGAGCGUCUCCCUCAGCAUCGUGUUUCAAGUCAGGCAGAAGAUCAUUCUAGCAGCUCGGACAACCUGUUUAUUGAUAGGUUACAAAGGAUCACAAUUGCGGACCCAGGUGAACAGCAUUCAGAACAGGACAGGAGUGCUGAGACCUUGGCAGGGCUUUGUCGUGGGGCACAGAAGAAGCCUCAUUACAUGGAAGUGCUAGAAAUUCGAGCCAAGAACCCAGUGCCCCCACCACAUAAAUUUAAAACUAAUGUAUUACCUUCACAACAAAAUGAUUCAUCUAGUCAUUGGCAGAGAACAGGGUCUCCCAUUUCCUUGGAAGAAAGGCGGCUCAGGGAUAAGAAGCAUCUUGAUGACAUCACAGCAGCUCGGCUCCUGCCACUUCACCAUAUGCCUGCACAGCUGCUCUCCCUGGAAGAAUCUGUGGCACUUCAAAAACAGCAGAAACAGAAUUAUGAGGAGAUGCAAGCCAAGCUCGCGGCACAGAAAUUAGCUGAAAGGCUUAAUAUAAAGAUGCAGAGCUAUAAUCCGGAAGGGGAGACUUCGAGGAAGUACCGAGAAGUAAGGGAUGAAGAUGAUGAUCAGUCCUCUGGUGAGGAGUUCUGAAGACGGGCAUUGGGAUAAUGCCUGAAUCUCUGUCUGCUGAGAUGUCAUGGUCACAUCAGACUUUCUAACAAGUAUCAAGAUCAGUGUCAGGCAUUGUUGAGGGAAGGAAUUUUAUAAAGUUACACAAAGGUAGCUCUUAAAAGAGCCCAGUUUGUCUUUCAGGAGAGGACUUUGAUGUGCUUAAGAAGUUUAAUAUUUGAAUAUUGUGUUUAACCAUAUUGUAUUAAAGUUCUGCAGUAUGCUGUGUGUUGGUCUGAUAUUUUAGUACAUAGUAAGCACGGUUUUAUUUUCCUCUAAGCCAAAUGAAAGCGGGUAACUGCUCUUUUCCUUAUUCUUACCUCUGUGGAAUAGCAUUUAUUACAUGUCUUUCAGUGAAAUAUUUGGUUGCCCCAGGCAUCACCUAAAAUGAAUUAGGAAGAUAAAGUUCCCUCCUUUUUUGAGUAAGGAAGGGAGCAGUCUAGAGAAUUUUAUGCAUGUUUGCAUGGGGUUGAGGUAUUGGAUGUGAAAUACCUAGGAAGGCACUCAUAGAAAAUUCUUAAAUGUUUGUUUCCUUUUUCUGUCUUCCCUUUAGGAAGAAUGUUCUCUUUCUUCUGAUUAGGAAUAAGGAGUACUUUUAGUUGAUGCUGGAGGGUGGAGGAUCUUUCUGGAUGGUCAGAUUUGCCUGGAGUAACACAAGAUACAGGAAAAGUCUAGGGUGACUGUGUAGGGGAAGGGAAUAGCUGUUCUUAGGCUUGCCCUAAGAGGUGACCAGUUCAGUUUGGUAAGAACACCAUUUUUUUUUUUUUAA